GUACCAUUUUGUUUCCCUUUUCAUUCGAGUAAUCAAUUUCUCUGAUCAUAUUUCUCUCAACUUUUAUCGCGAUAAGUGGUCUAUAGCGAUAAUGAGCAAGAUCGAGUGUCAAGAACUAGAAUUAAGUUUUGUUUUUCAUUUUCUAAUAAGAAUGCAUUUUUAUUUUUAAUUGAUAAACGGAAUUAGUGAGAAAGAAAAUUCCUGAAGUGUUAGAUUUAUAACAGCAAAUUGUAUUCAGAUAGUGUGACGCAAUGGAUUUUUUACGUACAACUACAGUAGAAACAGCAGAGAAAAUUACACCAACAAAAGUAGUAUCAUCGAUGAGAACAAUGAGCACAGAAAAUGAUACCGCUCACAGAGAUUUUGAUCCACAUAUAAUUGAUGAUCAGUCCUCAACAUAUAACUCCAUUCCUUCAAAUUCUACGUCUGCAUCGUCUACAUCAUCCACAACGAUGUCACCUCAACUGCAAUUAGAAUUGCUGGAUAGCUUAGACGAGUUACCUACGGAUUUUUCAAUUAAAUCGGAUGAAUUUUCUCCAGCUCCAAGAACUACGCAGCAAGUGGAUACGAUUCAGAUGGCCUCCGAUACAGAGCAACAGUUACACCAACAGGUGCUCCACCAUUUAGGAUUAAGCUUAGCUCUAGAAGACACUACUGAUUUGGUUUAUCCAAUAUACAAUGCAAUAAUGGCGCAUGAGAGUGAUGAAACUAUGAAAAUUGGCGAAUGUGUAGGUACUGAUGUGCAAUUUUCGCAUGUCUCUUUAUCUUCGCCAAUUAACGCAAACUUUAGCAAUCCUGUCGGCGACGACGAUGAUAACGAUGCUGAUAAUUUAAUAAUGCGCUAUCUGAGCGGUUCAUUGGAUACUCCCGCAAUAUUUCUGCCCGACGUUCAAGUAUCAUCACCUUCAUCUAGUACUUGUCAAUCACAUAAUCAGGAACAAACACAGUCAUUGUCUAGAAGUGAAUUAUGUGAAACAAUGUUGUCACCUGCUCAAUUCCCGUUGAUGCCCCCAUUAUCCACGUCAUCUUUUAUAUCUCAUGAUUCAUUUGAAGACUCGCAGGUGCCUAUGAUAAUGCACCAGUUCCAUCAACAACCACAAGCCAUUCAAAAUUCAUCAAUUUUAGCUGCUGAGAGAAUAACUGCGUUUUCACCAACAAAUGUAGAUUUGAUGGACCCGGCCACUACAGAUACUUUCAUGAACACAAAACCUACAAAUAAUAAGAACACUGAUAUUUGCUUAAGAUUGGAGUAUAAGUUUCAAAACCAGCAACUAGUCCAAGUACAGCCUCCUACCGUGGUAGCAAUGAAUGUUCUAACGCCAGUACUUGCAACUCCCUUAAUGUGUUAUGCUCAAAUGCCUAUAUCAACUAGCAUGCAUGUGGACAGAUCGGAAGUGGACAACGCUGAUCUCACAUUGUUGUCUUCGCCGUCGUCGACAUCGAUUGCUUCUGAUCUUUUAGAUCGUCAGCAACAUAACCCGACAGAUAAUAACUUGAAAGAAAGUUACGUGGAAGUAAAUAAUCAACCCGAUGAACUUUCAUUAUGUAUACGCCCCGGUGCCUUGCACAAACAGAAAGGAGAGCCAACUCAUGCGACAGUUACUACUUUCGAGAACUCGGACGAUGCGCUUGGUCGUUACAAUUGUAACUAUGAAAACUGCAACCGCAGCUACAGCACUAUUGGAAAUCUACGUACGCACCUAAAGACACACAAAGGUGAAUAUCGCUUCAAAUGCACCGAAGAUAGCUGUGGCAAAGCUUUUCUUACGUCUUACAGCUUAAAGAUUCAUAUUCGGGUGCAUACCAAAGUGAAACCUUAUGAAUGCGAAGUAACGGGAUGUGAAAAGGCUUUUAAUACGCGCUACAGAUUGCAAGCCCAUUUGAGGUUACAUAACGGUGAAACAUUCAAUUGUGAGAUAUGUCAAAAGUGCUUUACCACUUUGAGCGAUCUGAAAAAGCAUAUGCGCACCCAUACGCAAGAGCGGCCAUAUAAAUGUCCUGAAGAUACUUGUGGCAAAGCUUUUACAGCUUCGCAUCAUCUGAAAACGCACAUUCGCACACACACCGGCGAACGACCAUAUCCAUGUGAGGAGACUAGUUGUCAGAAGUCCUUCAGCACUUCCCAUAGCUUAAAAUCCCACAAGAAAACACACCAGAAACAACGCAAUAGGCGUCAAAGUAAUCCGCUCAACAAUAAAGAACGCCGCUUAAAGAUAAAAAAAGAGCGUAAGCCGUCGUUGUUAAUAGAGAAUGGCGAAGGAAAGAAAGUUAUCAAAGUGGAAAGUGAUAGCAGCGGCUACAAUGAGGAACACACAUCGAACGGUGAGGACGAAAGAGAAGAAAACUCAUGUAUGGGAAGUGUGACUGGUGAUGGCAGCCUACCAUCGCUUAACACUGACAGUUUCAUCAAGUCGGAGGCAGUUGAAUAUAACACCGCCAAUUUAUUUGCUGUGCAAAUGCCAGAAGUGAAGAACACAGCUCUACCUCCUCUAGCGCCCAAACUUGAGUCAUUAUCUCUUCCAGAAACGUCGCAAGCGCUGCAGUUAGCAAUCGCCGCCGAAGAGGAAAUACCUGCGCCUUGGAUGAACGCAGGUGUUCUAAUUUCGAAACCAAUUAUACCGAUGGCGCCAGUAACCAACGCAUGUGUAGCAUUACCCACUGAAGUACCAAGCUUUGUGGAUUUACAACAAAGCUACGGCAAUUAUGGCAAAGCAGAAGUUGCAAUUAUGAGCAAUACUGAAUCAAUAUUAAACACUAGCAUGCCAACCUUACCCGAAUCUAGCGAUCCCUGCGAUUAUUUGGGUAUCAGUGAUCAUUGCACAUACAAAACAGAGAUUGCAGAUUUAUCGAACACACCCACAAACCAAAUGCAAACGAUGCCAGAGACACACAUGGAUAUCGAAUUUAAUAAUAUUGCAACAACGGUGGAAGCAAUAGGAGUAGGAGAGGCGAUCGCCGUAGACCAGUCGAUAGAUAUGAUGCCAACACAGGAGAGUAUUGAAGAACUUCUGAAGGAUGAUAUGCAAUAUAAUAAUGACGCAGAAGAUAUGGAAACUGAAUCGCUACUGAAUGAAAUAUUGAUGACUAUCGAUAACAAUACACGUCUGCUGCAGGAGACAUUACAACAGGCAAAGGAAGUGCCGGAAGACGCAAUGGGUCUAAUUGAAGUUGAUUUGAGAAGCGACAAACCAACCUUAAAGCAAAUAACUGCAGAUGCUGGCAUAUGUGGUUGCACUAAUUGCAAAUGCGACCAAACACAGGAUUGCCAAGGCGGUUGCACUAAUGAGACGCCUUGUGGCAAAAAAGGAAAUGGUACACAUAAAUGCUGCCAACACCAUCAUAAACAUCAGCAACGCUCGCAAAACGUACCAACUCAAAAAUUGGAAAUGGGCACAAAUGCAAAACCAAAAAAUGUAUAUCGUGGUAAUGAUUGCUGUAGCAAUAAAAAAGAGCGCUCCGCAACGAAACGUGAAGCAGACAUCAAUCAAAAUAUUGAAGAUGUAGCAUUACUGUUACAGAACUUAGCUGCCAUGGGCGACGGUAGUAGAGGCAGUUGUUGCGGUGGCGAUAAAAACACAUCGGGAGGUUGCGGUGCAACUAAUAAGGUCAAAUCAACUAGUCAAAUAAGUUCAGCAGACGUUAAUGUCAGUAGUUGUUGCGCUAAUAAAUCGGCUGCAGUUCCUAAAGCGCCUACGGCCACAAAUGCCGCCACAAGUGCACCACCACCAAAAUCACUUAAAAGUGCUUCUUGCACAUGCAAGAGUCCGGCUGAAGGUGUUGCUAAUGGCUGCUGCGUUAUCAUCUGCACCAAAACUCUGCAGGCUUUGCGUCGUGUAUUGACCCGAAAAAAUCUUAACUUGAUGGUGUGCCCGCAAACCCAGAACUGCACUUCUACAAUGACAAAUAAAUAAAUGCAUUAUUACUAAAUGACUUAAUAUACGAUAAAUGGGCGUAAUAAUUUUUCAAAGAUUUAACAACCUACGCAAGUCUGAAAAAUAUUUGUUUUUUAAUCAAAAUUAUCUGGAUUAACCGCUUCAUUAUAACUUUAAUAUUGUUUAACCAAGUAUGCAUAUUUUUACAAAACGUAAGUAAAUAAAAAAUACAAAAAUUAAAUUUAAUUCCUGAAAUUUAAAAAAAUAAUUGACUCAACUUUGUUAAGCCACAAAAUUAAAAUUUCAAUUAGUAAUUAUUUUUUAAACUAAUCGCCUUUACAAAAUAAAUUUAUCGAUCUACACAUUCGCCAUUUUCCCUUGGAGUUACCCAUUUCAGCCUUAAUCGAAGUGGGUACUCCGUAGUAUUCGAAAACAAUAUUGUGUUAAUAUUAGUUUGGGGAAAAGUAAAUGCAUUAUUUUUGCGUAAAAAUUUUGGGCAAAUAGUUUAAAAUUGGUCGAUCUUUAGCUCCUUGGCGAUGCUACGACUAUUAAUAUGCCGAUUAACUGCGCUUAUUUCUAUGAUUUUAAUAUUUUGUUUAACAUCAAAAAUGCCUGAACGGAAUCGAUGAAACAAAAAUUGCUGUUACAGUAUCAGCACCAUGAACACCAUUCACAAUUUCUACUACCUGGCUAGCAUUUUCGCCUCGAAUUUUCUCUUUGUUGACUUCCAUUGUUAACACCCUGUAACUCACAACUAAAUGGAACGAACAAACAACAGCAAUCCAAUUUUUUUAGUGUGAAAUGUCACCUUGACAACGAGCAGAAACUUUAAAUUAUUUCAUCAAUACUUUACGAGAUAUCAAUCACUACAGCCAUCUAUCGAGAAAAUAAAUAAAAAUUCGUUUUCCCCAAACUAAUAUAAUAUUUGAAAUUCUUUGCUAAUUUUAGGAUUUUGUAUUUGAAUUCAUUCAGUUUUAUUCUCACUUUCAUAUAUUUUACAUAAUAAAUACAAUAUAAAACCAUUUUAUUUAACAAUGCAUACCAGCUUCAAUAGGAUGAAAAUAUUUUGCACAUGACUGGUCAUAAUUGUGGAAGUAGUUAAUUCAAAACGUGCCAUAAAUUUUAACCGCACUUUUUAAAUACAAUGUAAGCAUGUAUAUCUGUUUGUACAUAUAAGUAUACAAAUAUCAUACAUUUAUAUUUAAGUCUAAAUUAAAUAUUAAUGAAAUGGCUAACAAGUACAUUUUUAAAUUGCGGUUUAAAUGAAAAAGGAUUAUCAAGAAAUUAUUUAUCCGCUAUCUUAUUGCCAUCUAUCAUUUGGAAUUGUAAUUUCCAACCUAACGGCACAAACUUUGUAAAUGUAUCUCAUAAACCAAAGUACUUUAUUUGAUUUUUUUUUUAUUUUAAGGUUAGUCAACCAAAGUGCCUGUAUUAUGUAUUAAUAUAUUUAAUAAUGGAUUGAUUUGUAUUUUUUUAAACUGUUUGCUUUUAAUAAAAACAAAAAUUAUGCAAUUUCAAUAAAAUUUUGCUUGAAUAUAAAACUGUACGAAAUAAUAGUAGGUGAGAUAUGAUUAUAAUUUAUGUUUGUAUUUUAUUUUAUUUAUAAAUUCUCCAGCUAAUUCGUCAAAUCAUCAUUCGAAUAAAUACAAAUUUUGCCAACAUAUCCCGCUCAGUGA